AUGGCAGCUUCUUCAAACAGUCCUUUUGAGCUGCCAAGGUUGCGUGUCUCCUUUGGAUUUGAGAACGAUACCCGAUUUUUGGAAGUCGACGAUGUCGUUGCAGGCAAGAUUCUCUCGCUCUGUCCUGACAAGAAGGAUGAUCGUUUUAUGCGUAACGAAGCCACGACGUCUAACGGCUACAUUCUUUCUGCAGAGUUCUUCGAUGUCAAGUUUUGCCCCUUUCAGCCACUCGAUUGCGAUCCCGUCUUCGCUGCCAUUAGCAAGAAGCAUAUUAUUAUUUGUAAAUUGGCCCAAAACUCUGGGGAUGCCAAUCCUCUAGAGGUCAUCAACAUCAUCAGAGACGACGACGACGAGGCAUCAAGCUGCUGCUGCACUUGGUCCAGGCAUCCCAUCACUGGAAUUCCUUGCAUCUGUGUCGGUGGCGUUGAUGCCAAGGUCAAAAUCUACGACUCCUCCGAUGGCAGCUUGGUGGAGGCGUUCCAUGACACCGGUCGGUACCUACUGUCUUCAGGCCACGACCAGGUCAUCAACCUAUGGACGAUUCCGGACCUCCCAACCACGCCAAUCACGGCGCCCAUUCAAGUUCACUACCCUCAUUUCUCGACCUCGGCAGUCCACAGCGGCAUCGUAGAUUGUGUGGCUUUUUUCGGCGACCAAGUCCUGUCCAGAGCCUGCCAUGACGGUGUCAUCGCGUUCUGGAGAAUAGAGGGCUUCUCCUCUGACGCUUCUUACCCCCUGCCGAGCGAUGCACCGACGCCACAGAGUGUGGUGCCAAUCAAUAACGAAGAUACCACCAGACUUACGCGGUCGGCGUUCGUUCCGGUAACGUCACCUUCGUGUCCCGCUCAGUAUACACGCCUGCUAGAGUUCCACACGCCCAACUGCGGUCCGCAGUUUUUCAUGAGGUUCAAGGUGCACCAUGUUCCUGGGCAGAAUGCGGUCCUUGCCUUCUGCAACGCGGCAGGCAACGUUUUGUUUUGGGACUUUGAGAGGUUAACGGAAUACCGUCAUCUCAUGAGGAAGCUGCAAGAUCCACGGCGUGACAAGACCGAGGUUGUUCAGCUGCCGACCUGGCUCAAACCCGUUUUUCCCAGGCAAAAGAUUGACGGCAAGAAGGGUAUGUCACGCACUCCAGGCCGUGACAAAGGGAGGCUGCCGUCAGGGCAGGAGUCGGGGCCUGAGUCGGGACAGGAGCCGGUGCAUGGUGGCGGAGACUUCAACCAGGAGACGAUGGAGUCGUGGUCCGCCAGGUACAGUGUGGAAAACCCGCAGGAGCCGCUGCGAGCGCACAGGACGGAGUCAUCUUCGGCCAACUUUGUCGGCCGGCAGGUGGCGUGGAGUCCGGGCGGCGACUGGUGCGUUGUGGUGGGAAGCUCCAACACAACGCUGAUAUUGCAGCGUUGGGCCAAGAAGGCGCCCGGCCCGGCUCAGGUGAACGCUAUGGCCUAG